GGGUGUACAUGUGCGCCCAGUUACAUUAAUGUUCUUAGCAUUUCAGCUGGAAUUGGAUGCAAGGCACGACAAAUAUGAGAGACUUGUGAAACUAAGCCGGGAUAUAACUGUUGAAAGUAAAAGGACAAUUUUUCUCCUCCAUAGGAUUACCAGUGCUCCUGAUAUGGAAGAAAUAUUGGCUGAAUCAGAAAUUAAAUUGGAUGGUGUCAGACAAAAAAUACUGCAGGUAGCCCAAGAGCUAUCAGGAGAAGACAUGCACCAAUUCCAUCGAGCCAUUACCACAGGGCUGCAAGAAUACGUGGAAGCUGUCUCUUUUCAACACUUCAUCAAAACACGUUCAUUAAUCAGUAUGGAAGAAAUUAAUAAGCAGUUGAUAUUUACAACAGAAGAUAGUGGAAAAGAAAACAAAACUCCCACCUCUGAGGCACAGGUGAAGCAGCUCCUCACGUGGAGCCUGAGAGUCACGCCUGUGGAUUACCUGCUGGGAGUGGCCGAUCUCACAGGGGAGCUCAUGCGGAUGUGCAUUAACAGUGUGGGCAAUGGGGACAUUGACACCCCCUUUGAAGUGAGCCAGUUUUUGCGCCAGGUUUAUGAUGGGUUCUCGUUCAUUGGCAACACUGGGCCUUACGAGGUUUCUAAGAAGCUGUACACCUUGAAACAGAGUCUGGCCAAAGUGGAGAAUGCUUGUUAUGCCCUGAAAGUCCGAGGCUCAGAGAUACCAAAGCAUAUGCUGGCAGAUGUGUUUUCAGUGAAAACAGAAAUGAUAGAUCAGGAAGAGGGUGUGUCUUAGGGUAAUACCUGCUAGCCCUUCUCCUAUGACAGCUUCUAAGACUGUUAUAUAGUGUUUCAUUUGACUUUGUUACGGCUUUUACGUGCAGAUGUUCUCAGUUGUACUGUUUUAAACUGUAUAUACGCUGUAUAUAAGAUUACCCAAAUGAGUCAUUUCUUAGUGUUCCUGAAAAUUUGCAUUCAAGUGUUUACCCAUGUGUCUUUGUGAACUUUUUGCUGACUAACCUUUGUUGCUUAUCUGUUAUAUGAAUAUGUCUCAGAUUGCACUUUCUGUCAGACCUAUUUUAACUCACAGUGUGUGAACUUUGGAGUGAUAGUUUUUAGUGGAAGCCAUUUAAGUUGGGGUUCUUGUUUUUAGAGAAAAGAUUUCUUAAUUAAACUUCUAGGCUUGAGCUUCCUGUUUAUAGAUUUCUUAGUAAUAUUGUGCCAAGCUUCCAAGACAGGCUUAAUCCAUAGAUCAGGAAACAAGGAACUAUCUGUAUUUUUUAAGUGCAAGUUUUGAGCUAUUAAUAGUGAGAAUUCAUAUAGUUCUGGUAGCUUUUGGACCAGUUUGAAUUUGUAUGAAACAGCCUUCUAGAAAAGCUGACAGGGUACCCAGGUACUCCAUUUAUUGCUUUUUUUUGUCCUUUAUUGCAGAAGAUGUGAUGAGGAUUUGGAGAUAAUGUAAUAUUUUUCACUGGUAAAGUUGAGUUGUAUUGUAUACUUGUAUAUAAAGCUAAAAAGCUUUUCGUAGUGAUUAUUUAGCAGAGUUUUUCUGAUUUUUGUUUUGGGGGGGAUGAAUUUAUAAGGCAUGUUUGGAAGCUUUCUUAUUCUAGCAUCUGUAAGAAAUUACAUUUAUAUAAUUACAGUGACAUUUUAAGUAUUAAGUUAUUCCCAAACCUUUGUAGUUGUCCUGUGGUGUAAAUUGAUGAAGUUGCCAAAGAAAAUGUAUUAUGUGUACCUGAGCAAUAAGACAGCUGUCAGCACUGGAAGUCUCUGGUCGCCUUUAGGACUGGGGUGUUUGCUACUGACCUUAGCUAUAGAUUAUCACCUGUGACAUGACCUUGGCUUGAGCAUGGUUCCCUGGCUGGCCACCAGAAAUUUCCAACUGUUUUGUGAGUUUUGAGAAUCCAGAUGCUGGAUUUUAUUUUUUUGAAAGAUUAUCUCUGUAAGGGCUGAUUCUUUGAAAAUGUAAUUUUCCAAAAAAUAUUAUUUAAAGGAAAAUAAAACAGACAUGCCUGACAAGUUA